AUGACGCAAGCUAAGAUAACGAUUAAGGGUCAAGCGGCUGAAGGUCAGGCGGCUAAGGGUCAAGCGGCUGAGGGUCAGGCGGCUGAGGGUCAAGCAGAUAAGGACGAAGCACAAAAAGGUGAAGCAGAUACAAUACGCGGCGAAAGCGUAGAAGAAGAAAACUUAAAUUUGCAAGGUGAACAAAUUACUUUGCUUAGCGCAAAUCCUUAUCUUCAGUCUAGCAAAGCUCAAUUGGUUACGGAUGCGCCAGACCCCACUUUUGCUGAGCGCCGCGCUACUACAACUCGACAGCCAUCCGUAAAUCAAUUGCAAAUGGCUAACAAGCAUUUACAGAAAUUCCUGAAACUUCGCGCGGUAUUGCAAGUCUAUAACAAAGAACCGAUUUAUCCUCGUCCCUUUUUCGCCGAAUUUCUUAAGGUCAAGCUACUUCAAAACGAAGAUCCGUCUUACGACUUAAGUGCUAGAAACAAUUCUUCUGCAGCUGCUGAACCUUCUUUUGCUUCUACUAGCAAUCGCAUUAAAAAAGCUUUCGCGCAAAAAGCUCUUAAAGGGUCUCUUACUGUCCCGGGCCCAAUUAUAGCUAUAAAAACCGCGACGAGGACGAUGCCUUAUAAUGAUACAGAUGAAGAAGAGCAAAGCGAUGAUAAAGAAAACUCAAAUGAAAAUGAUAUUCCUUUCUCUCAAUACAAAAAAGCUAAAAAAUCACUUUCGACGGCUAGAGCUGCUCGCUCCGUUCCAUCAGCUAGCAAAUCACCUUCGGCAGCUAAAACUUCUUCUCACUUUAAAUUUCAAAGCGGUGCUUUAGAAUGUUUACAAGAAGCUUUAGAGGCAUUCUUCGUAAGAGAAUUUGAAAUGACGAACUUAUGUGCUAUUCACGCUAAACGAGUAACGAUUCAAAACAAGGAUAUAGCGUUGGUUAGGAAAUUGCGGGAAAUCAUGACUAGAAGUUUUGUUUAG